CCUAUGCGUAUUCUAAUUUCAUUUAAUUUUACCAUAACAUGAUUUCCGAGAUUCUCGAUAGGCUAUAUGUACGUAAACCUGGUUAAAAAUGAAAAUGUUAUUGAAUGCAUUUAAACAAAAAAGUGAUUAAACGUAAUUUAUAAAUGCAACUGCAGAUGCAUUACCACGUCUGGAAGAGAUAAUCAACUAAGGAAGAAUCUUCGGAUUAGCCUACCAACCGACAUGAGUCGAUUUCAUGACAAGUGGGUUAACUUCCUUAAAACAUAAGUUACGCAAAUAGUUGUUGAAGUUACUUGUAUAAUCAGUUUAGCCUAGUUAAAAAUAUAUAAUGUCUUUAAUUUUAAUUUUUAAAUUUAAUAAGUAAUUUCAACUACUAUUUGCGUAACUUAUGAGUAAUGUAAAAACAUAUUGUUAAUACUUACUGAUCACAUAUUUGUAUCGUGUGUGUGUGCGUGCGUGUGUGUGUGCUGCCUAUUUUGAUGUGGUUAUUCGAAUACCUGAAUUACCUUGUUCCUCACGAGAUUGUCAGUAUGAAACCUCUAUUAUAUAUAAUCCUCGAAAUUACAUUUGAGAUUGGCUUGUAUGAGAUAAAGGAAAAUGUCAAGUAAAUGUAUGACGAAUUAAAAUAACUUUAUAUCUACAUGUCCACGUUAAGUUGUUCUCACGAGACACGGCUGUUAACCUGUUUAUUCAGGAAUGAAGUUCAAUAUUAUGGCCUGAAAAAUCAAGGUGCCACCUGUUACUUGAAUGCAGUAUUGCAAUGUCUAUUUAUGACAAAAGACUUCAGGGAUGCAGUGGAGAGUUAUGAAAAAGCCCUUGGAGGUUGUGGAGAAGAAAAUCUGUUGUUACAACUUCAAAAGCUAUUUAAACAACUUUCCGAAAAUGUAGCAACUACUGAAGGAGUAAUCACCAGUCUUGGCAUACAAAACGUUUUUGAGCAACAAGAUGCCGUGGAGUAUUAUCGGAAAAUUUUAAAAGCAGCUGGUACACGUGUCUCUAAGGUCUUUGAGGGUAAAAUAAACAACAUAACAAAGUGCAUAGUGUGUGACCAAAUCAACAAGAAAACCAACUCCUUCAUCUCAAUACUUCUGCCCAUAGAGAUUGAAAAUAAUGAGCAACAUACAGUGGAAAAAUGUCUAGAGACCUUCUUUAAACAUUCGAGCUUAGACCAGGAAGACUGGAUGUAUUGUGACACGUGUGACCAAAAAACAGAAACGGAGACUUGGAGCGAAAUAGAAGAGUACCCCACUGUUCUCACUCUUCAAGUGAAGAGGUUUGACUUUGAUUACAUGCAGAUGAGAUAUGUGAAGAACACAUGUGCACUUGAUGUACCUUUAAGCCUGGACAUUGGGGAUCAAAAAUAUGAUCUUUACGCUAUUGUCAACCAUAAAGGCGUAUACAGUGGGGGACACUAUGAGGCUCUCAUCAAAUCUUAUGAAAAUCAAAAAUGGUACAGUUUUGAUGACCACACUGUUUGGGAGUCAGAAGCUUCACUGCAUGGCUCAAGGCUAUCAUACAUGUUUAUGUUCAGAAAAGUUGAUACAUCCAAAAAUAAGAUCACUGCCGCUUUGAGUCCGAUUGGCAGACCUACAGCAUCACAUCUGAGGAUCCUUCUGCUAGGGCCACCCGGCUCUGGGAAAAGUUCAGUAGGUAACCUCAUCCUCGGUGGGAAUUACUUCCCGUUAUUUCCCAAAUAUGGAUCGAACACGGUCAUCAUGAAAGAGACAAUUAAUAAUAUCACUGUUGUGGACACUCCGAAUCUCUUUCGCCUAACCCCAGUGAGCUGGGCAAAUGCACUUAAGAGAUGUGUGAAGUUAUGUCACCCUGGCCCUAAUGUGAUUCUUUGGGUAGCACCAAUAUCCCAAUUCAGCGAGCACCAGCAAGGCUUUUUUCAUAACAUUAAAAAACGACUCGGUCCUGGGAUUGUUAAACACAUGAUGAUUAUCUUCACAACUGGCAGAGAAUUCAAAGAUGUUGACAAAUUGAUCUCCAAACACAAAGUCAAAAAAGUGGUAUGUGCUUGUAAAAAUAGGUACCAUGUCAUUGACAUUAAUGGUCACAAUCCGGUCCCAGAACUGGUUGAGCAACUCAUGAAGAUGGUGAAAGAUAACAAAGAUAGCUACUGCACUUUUAAAAAGGCAAUUAUGAAAGCAAAAAAGUCCCUAAGAGCACAACAUUAAAUCUAUUUUGCAUCAGGAUUGUAAGGCAAAGGGGUUUUAUGUCUUGUAGACAACAUACAAAGGAAGGCCUACUGAUUGUUUUAGGUGUAAAUUGAAGGUUCAUGACAAUACUAUUAAUCUUAUGUUUUCAAUUUGAUUUACUUUGUGUCAUAUAUUGCCACUGAACAAACUUGUCAAAUUUUCUUUAUUGUUUCUUUUUAAAUAUUGUGGGCCAUUUACAGGUUAUUUUGAUCUUGGCAAAUUCUUUUUGGGGAAAAUAACAAAAAAUGAAUGUAUUACAAUUAAUAAAUAUAUUGUUGUUAAGUUACCACCGAAAAUAAACAACAUAUCUUAACAUAUUUUAUAUCACAAAGCAUAUUGUGACAAUAAAUAAAAUAAAAUUUGAAUAGUU